AUGGUUGUGGUUCCUGCAGCAAAGGACCAAAGCAAGGCAGCAAAGGGCAGGAGAAGGGGCCUGGUGCGGGCCCCCACGGCCACCCCUGCCCUCACUUGGGCCCUGGAUGACCCCUAUACCACCAUGGCAGACUAUGAGCGCAGCAUCCAGGACAUGGUACGCCAGCUGAAGAACAGCUCUGAGCCAAGUGACACCAAGUGCCAGGUCAACUUGAGGGUCUGGAGGUCCAAUCGGAGGAGCCUGUCCCCCUGGACCUACAGCAUAAACCACGAUGCAGCACGGAUCCCAGCAGACCUCCCUGAGGCCCGAUGCCUCUGCACUGGCUGCAUCAAUCCCUUCACCAUGCAGGAGGAUCGCACCAUGGCCAGCAUUCCCAUCUACAGCCGGCUGCCUGUCCGCCGGCUGCUCUGCCAGGUGCCAGGCGAGGUGGGGCACAAGCACUUUGGGAAGAAGUGUCACAAGAAGUAUCAGAUGGUCAUGGAAACCAUUGCUGUGGGCUGCACCUGCAUCUUCUGAGGUCGCGAAGCUAACCCCUUCAGCUACUGGUGGGCACCUAACCAGCUUGCUCUUGCUUCCUGAGUUUGCCCACUCUGGGAGAGGGUCACCCAGCUAAGCAUCAGGAUGAGGAGAGCCCUUGUUCAAGGCAGUGGUAGCUGCAAGCUCCACGAAAUUCCCUGGCAUACUCCAUCAGCCCCAGACAAAGCAGCCACUUUGGGGACAUCUAGCACAAGAGCUAGACAGUCCCAUGGCUGACCUUGCAGUGAGACACUGCCCAGGCCCUGUUGCCUCUGGGGAGGAGCUCAGCAGAAGGGGCUGGCAGUCAGGAGACAGGUGCCUGCUAGUCUUUCCAGCUGGGCAGAACCAGGCCUCCUGCUUCCCCAAAGUCCUUGUCUGCCUUUGCUAUCAGUGCAACAGCUCUGGAGUGCUCAGCCCCCCAGGU